CUAAUUAGGCCUAAUAUGCAUUUGAGAUUGUGACCAGCUUGCAGCCUUGCCAAUAUCUCUCUGUUCUACUCCACCGGCGACCGUCUGCUCUGCCGGCCAACGACGCAUUUUGUCUCUCUUCUCUCUUUCGAUUACUGAAUUGCUGAAAAAUUAAUGUUGCGGUCAGCAGCUCGAUAUGUGCUACGGCAUAGCUCGCAGCUUGGGAUGGCUAGACGUCAAACCCCAAAAUUGUGCUUCAGUACAAUACCCCAAGCUGAGGGCCGAAGCCAGGUAACAUGUAUUGACGCUGGGAAAGACAACGGCAACGAGCAUAACUUUCUUGUAGGACAGAAGAUUACAAGAAAAGAGAAGAUCAAUCUUCUGAUUACGGCACUUUUUGAUAUGGAAGAUAGUAAAGAUGCUGUUUAUGGCACACUUGAUGCUUGGGUAGCAUGGGAGCAGAACUUUCCGAUUGCCGCACUUAAGAACGUCUUGCUGGCUCUAGAAAAGCAGCAACAAUGGCAUAGAGUUGUGCAGGUCAUAAAAUGGAUGUUAAGCAAAGGUCAAGGCAACACACUUGGAUCAUACCAGCAGCUGAUACGGGCUUUGGAUAUGGACCAUAGAGCUGAGGAAGCUCAUAGAAUUUGGAUGAAGAAGAUUGGUAAUAAUCUACAUUCAGUGCCUUGGCAAGCAUGCCAUCUCAUGAUUUCAGUUUAUCAUCGAAAUAAUAUGUUGGACCGCCUUGUUAAGCUCUUUAAAAGCCUCGAGGCUUUUGAUCGUAAACCUCCAGAGAAGUCAAUAGUGCAGAAAGUGGCAGAUGCAUAUGAAUUGUUGGGCUUGGUGGAUGACAAAGAGAGGAUAUUGGAAAAGUAUGCUGCUCUUCUGAGCAAGACUGAUGAAGAGUCCAAAAAGAAAUCAAAUAGAGUCAAGUCCAGAAAGAAGGAAACUUCAGGAACUAGGAGCAAUCUUGCCAAAAGUCUGAAAGCAUGAAUCUCGUCGCUAAUACCUAUGAUCCCAUUACACCUCAAGAUGUUUCUUAUCUUUGAAUGCAGAAAGGAGUGAGCUUGAUGUUCAAUGUUAAAAGUCAGGUUCAGUGUUCGGAGUGUUCCGAACCGGGGAUCUAGAAUUCGAACACAUGCUGGGCAUUGCUAUGAAAAGGGUUUAUUCAGAAAUGGAGGAAGCCAAAGUGGCUAAGAUGUGGACCGGGAGUUUUCUAUCUGCCUUCUUGAACACCUGUCGAACUUGAUCCUGCUGCAAGCCAUGAAUCUGGAACUCAUAUUCAAGACUCAUACAUUAUACAUAUUUCUUACAAAAUUAGAACACUGAGCAAAAUGAGGAAAGUUCUGCAAGCCAUGAAUUUGUUUCUCUAUGUUAAGCAAAGGAUUUAGCUACUAUGUUAUUAUUGGUUAUACCAGAAUCAAGAUAACAACAAUGGGGAAAAAGUCUUGAAGUAAUCAAAGAUAUAGCAAAAAGAUACAAUGAAAUAAAGUUUAUUGAUUAUAUAUUUAGGAACAUGACAUCUUAAUCACUAGUUCUUCAAUUAGCAUAAUGGUAAAUUAGUACUUCUUCCGUUUCGUUUUAAAUGCAAUAAAUGGGUAUUAUUUAUGAGAUAUAAAAUAUUCAUUUGUUGCAUUUAAAACGAAACGGAGGAAGUAGUAUUUUCUUAUCAUAUUGAUAGGUUCCGGGUUGAUGGUCGGGACUAGCUGAUGACUAACAUUUUCUUCUACUAGAUGUAAGGGUAGAAGGUCUGGUGUUAGCUUUAUGGAAGUGCACCAUGGGUGUUAGGGCAGUUCCUAAGAUUUGAAUCUUAGGGUUAACUUUAAGUUUUUAGUGUUAGGUAAAAUCAUGUUGUAUCCUUUAUUAUAAUUACAUUUGAAUUGAGGAAAAUUUGAUUUUUGUA